GACAUUGCCCUUGGAUUGCUCCUGCCAACAGCAGUCCUUCUACAUUUGUUCUCCGCGCCUUAUACAAAGGUCGAAGAAUCUUUCAACAUCCAGGCUACGCAUGACAUCCUCGCCACGGGCGUCCCUUUCUUCAAUUCGACCGCAAUUCUCGCUGCCAACUACGAUCAUGUCGACUUUCCUGGUUCUGUGCCUAGGACGUUCGUUGGCGCUCUCGUUUUAGCCGCACUAUCAAAUCCAUUCAAAGCAUACUUUUCUUCGCCCGCCUCGCUCCAACUUCUCGUCAGAGCGAUUCUCGGCCUGGGAAAUUCUGCUGCUCUCCUCCAUUUGAAGGGUGCAGUCGACACUGCGUACGGAAAGAACGCUGGGAGAUGGUACAUCUUGCUCCAGGCCAGCCAAUUUCAUCUCAUCUUUUAUGCUUCGAGGACUCUGCCGAAUAUGUUCGCAUUUGGCUUGACAACAGUAGCUUUGAGGAACUUGAUUAUGGUCAAGGCUGUGGCCUGGAAGACUCAACGAAGCUCGAAGCGUAGAAGGCUUGCGCUGUACCUUCUAACGUUUGCUGGCAUCGUGUUCAGGUCGGAAAUUGCUAUACUACUUGCGAUGGACACCCUCUACCUGAUUUUUCAGCAACGCAUCUCCAUCACCGAAGAGAUUAUCCCUGCUGGCGUUGCUGGUCUGAUCAUUGGCUUGAUGACGACUGUAUCCAUCGACUCGUUCUUCUGGCAACGCUUUCCACUUUGGCCCGAGUUUGUCGGUUUCUACUACAAUACCAUACUCGGCAAGGCCUCCGAAUGGGGCACAAGUCCAUUCCAUUUCUACUUCUUGAAUGCACUACCCCGACUCCUGCUUAACCCGGUCACUUAUCUGAUUUGCAUCCCAGAAUCACUGAAAGGCCCGAUAAGCAAGGACAUUCUGAUACCACAUGUCGCAUUUAUCGCUCUGUACAGCUUACUGCCGCAUAAAGAGUGGAGAUUCAUUAUUUAUACCAUACCGGCCUUCACCGCUGUGGCUGCAGGUGGCGCCGGAUGGAUCUGGACGCGCAGAUCUAACUAUGGCCUGUUGUACGUCUCAAGCUUGAACUAUCCCGGUGGAGAUGCUUUGAAAAGACUGCAUCAGGACGCGCGCAUGGACUACCGAGAUCCUGUUCGUGUAUAUAUGGACAAUCUUUCAUGCCAGACCGGCGUGACAAGGUUUCAACAACUUCAGCCAACAUGGCAUUACGACAAAACAGAAGAUGAAAGAACACUUCUCUAUCCUCUGUUCUGGCAGCAAUUUGACUAUGUGAUGACAGAAACCCCCGAGCGCAUAAUUGGCGCGUGGCAUCCUGUUGGGAUCAUUGCGAGUUUUGCAGGUGUUUCUUUGCGGCCAGAGAACGGCCACGUCUUGCUGCCUUGGCCAGGAUAUACAGGAGAGGGUCCGGCUUCCGAAACAGUGCAAGCUUUGCAGGAUUUCUACCAGGCGUUCGCAACUCGGAUCAUGAGGUUUACAAAAGGUUACUGGCCAGCUGUCAAGGUGCAACCACGAAUUUACCUUCUCGAGCGAGAGCCUCCGCCCGCUGAGCAUGCCGACUCAGAUCGCGCAUAA